ACUCGAACCCGAUCUCUUAAACCCUGCUCCCAAAUAAAUCAGGUUUGGCGAGCUGGUUUACGAUCCGGCCCACCACCGUCCGCUUCCUAAAUCAAAUGAAUGAGAGAGAAUCUGUAGCAAAUUAGCAAUAGUUAGAAUUCGAAAUUUGGAAUCGAAAGAGGGGGAGUUAACCGUAGUAGCAGAAGCUGACAGAUCUCGGCGCCGGAGGUGAGAGGCGAUAGAAGACAGACAUGCUGCCCACCGUCUCGAAAGGGCGUUCCCCCUCCAGCGUGCGCCACAAUCCCGUUUUCCCUCAGUACCUGAGGAGAAUCGUUAAGUGGCAACAAAUGGAUAUUGAGUACACUUUCUGGCAAAUGUUCCAUCUCUGUACCUCACCAAAAGUUGUCUAUCAGCACACUAAGUUCCAUAAGCAAACCAAGAACCAGUGGGCACGAGAUGAUCCUGCUUUUGUUGUAAUAUGUUGUCUACUCUUGGUAGUUGCAACUUCAGCUUAUUGUGUAGCGUAUGAUCAUAGUGUGGCUCAUGCUGUUUUCACAGUUACAUCAGUCCUGUUUUUUCAUUUCUUCAUAGCUGGAAUGCUACUGGCAACAUGUUGUUGGUUCCUGACAAAUACUUAUCUUCGUGAGGAGGUCGCCAGCAGUCAUGCUGUUGAGCAGCGGGUUGAAUGGUUGUAUGCGUUUGAUGUGCACUGCAACUCUUUCUUCCCACUGUUCGUCAUGCUUUAUGUGAUCCAGUAUUUUUUGUCACCUCUCUUGGUUGCACAUGGUUUCUUCCCGGUGUUGCUAUCAAAUUUGCUUUUCAUGGCAGCAGUCUCUUAUUACCACUACCUCAACUUUUUAGGAUAUGAUGUACUACCCUUUUUGGAGAAAACUACCUUCUUCUUGUACCCGAUUAGUCUUAUCAUUAUCCUUUCUCCUCUCCUGAUUCUCGGUGGUUUCAACCCGACAAGAUAUGUUAUGAGCAUCUAUUUUGGCUAAUAACUUGAUAUCAGUGGUGACCCAACAAAGCAUAUUGUCAGAGACAGCUGACAGACGCGAAUUUGAACAGAGGGAGUAUGGAAUUGGUUUGCUUUGAUGGGAAUUUUGAUGAUUCUUUUACAUGUAAAGAGGAAAGUACCAAAUGAAAAUUUCUCAUAACCCUAAUUGUUACUUUAUAUUUGGAUCAAUUAGAGAUUGAGGGACAUUGUAGACAAUGUAGCAUAAUAGUAGAUAUGAAGGACAAGAAUUGUAUGAUUUACCCCUCCCCCAAAGAAAAAGAGGAAAGAGAGCAAGGCAUUAAACUUCAUUUUAAA